AUGAAUCGAACGACGACAACUACGCGUUCAACGGCCAGUGGUCAUGCUUAUUACAAAAUUACUCGAACGACGACCGAUGCUCAAGGAAACAAGCAUACCGAGACGACGGAAAUGGUGGAUAACGAUGCAAUCAAACACAUGCAAGACAAUGACACGCCUAAUAAGAGUCGAUUCGGACUUCGUGCAUUAGCAAGUCCGACAAGCUGGUUUCGGUCGACAAAGCCAGCACCUAAAGGUCAAGAUAACGAUGAAUUCAUUCACGAAGCAUUGCAAGUACACAAUGAUCUACGACGAAAACAUGGAGUUGAACCGCUACGAUUAAACAAUGACCUAUGUAAAUUAGCUCAACAAUGGGCUAAUCAUUUGGUCACAACUGGCGCUCUUGUACAUAGCAAAACAAAAUAUCGAAACGAACCUGUUGGCGAGAAUCUUCGUUGUCAAUCAUGGCCGGUGACAGGCAAAGAAAUGACUGAAACGUGGUACAACGAGAGCAAGAAGUAUGAUUAUCAUAAUCGACAAUUAUAUCAAUCGGAAACGGGUCAUUUUACCCAAGUUGUUUGGAAGAAUUCCCAAGAAGUCGGUUUCGCUCAAGCACAAGGUCCAUCAAUGAACUUUGCCGUUGCAAUGUACUAUCCAGCAGGCAAUUUUCUUGGUGAAUAUGAGAAAAAUGUUUUCCCAAUCAAAUAA